AUGCCAGCUCCGAUCAGACUGCGGGAGCUCAUCCGGACCAUCCGGACAGCUCGGACCCAGGCAGAGGAACGGGAAAUGAUCCAGAAAGAAUGUGCUGCUAUUAGAUCAUCCUUCAGAGAAGAAGACAACACAUACCGCUGUAGAAAUGUUGCUAAGCUACUCUAUAUGCACAUGCUGGGGUACCCAGCACACUUUGGACAGUUGGAGUGCCUGAAAUUGAUUGCAUCGCAGAAGUUUACAGACAAGCGAAUAGGGUACUUGGGAGCCAUGUUACUACUGGAUGAGAGACAAGAUGUCCAUCUAUUAAUGACAAAUUGCAUUAAAAAUGAUCUGAACCACAGCACACAGUAUGUCCAGGGGUUGGCAUUGUGUACUCUAGGUUGCAUGGGCUCAUCAGAAAUGUGCAGAGAUCUAGCAGGAGAAGUGGAAAAGCUACUCAAAACAUCAAAUUCCUACCUGAGAAAAAAGGUACCUUUUAUUUGCAUUAGUGUUCUCCAUACAUCAGUAGUUCUUCUCACCGAAAUGUGUGAAAGAAGCCCAGAUAUGCUAGCACAUUUCCGAAAAAAUGAGAAGCUUGUUCCACAGCUCGUUCGAAUCCUUAAGAAUCUCAUCAUGUCCGGUUAUUCCCCAGAACAUGACGUAUCUGGGAUCAGUGAUCCAUUUCUACAGGUGCGGAUUUUGAGAUUACUCCGGAUUCUAGGAAGGAAUGAUGAUGAUUCCAGUGAAGCUAUGAAUGACAUUCUUGCACAAGUUGCAACAAACACAGAGACCAGUAAAAAUGUAGGCAAUGCAAUUCUUUAUGAAACAGUUCUAACAAUAAUGGAUAUCAAAUCUGAAAGUGGGUUAAGGGUUUUAGCAAUUAACAUCCUGGGACGCUUUCUUCUAAAUAAUGACAAAAAUAUUAGAUAUGUGGCAUUGACAUCACUACUGAAGACGGUACAAACAGACCACAAUGCUGUACAGAGGCAUCGGAGUACCAUUGUGGAUUGUUUAAAGGAUUUAGAUGUGUCUAUAAAGCGACGUGCAAUGGAGCUCAGUUUUGCUCUGGUUAACGGGAACAACAUUCGUGGAAUGAUGAAGGAAUUGCUGUACUUCCUGGACUCUUGUGAUCCAGAAUUCAAAGCAGACUGUGCUUCAGGAAUUUUUCUUGCUGCAGAGAAGUAUGCACCCUCAAAAAGAUGGCACAUUGACACUAUUAUGAGAGUUCUUACUACGGCUGGAAGCUAUGUAAGGGAUGAUGCAGUGCCUAACUUGAUUCAGCUCAUCACAAAUAGUGUGGAGAUGCAUGCCUACACCGUGCAGAGGCUUUACAAAGCACUGUUGGAAGACAUUUCACAGCAACCUCUUGUGCAAGUGGCCUCCUGGUGUAUAGGGGAAUAUGGAGAUCUGCUUGUUUCAGGACAGUGUGAAGAAGAGGAACCCAUUCAAGUUACGGAAGACGAAGUUCUUGAUGUUUUAGAAGGUCUCUUGGUAUCUAAUUUGUCGGCACCUGUGACCAGAGGUUAUUCUCUCACUGCCAUCAUGAAGCUAUCUACUAGGUUCACCAGCAGUGUGAACCGAAUCAAGAAAGUUGUGUCAAUAUAUGGAAGCAGCAUAGAUGUGGAGCUGCAACAACGGGCAGUAGAAUAUAAUGCACUUUUCAAGAAAUAUGAUCACAUGAGGUCGGCCUUACUGGAACGCAUGCCCAUUAUGGAGAAGACAGCAACCAAUGGCCCAACAGAGAUUUUGCAGACAAACGGAGAGGCAGAGCCUUCUGUACUAGACCUGAAGCACACAACUAGCGUCACACAGUCAAGCAGCCAGGCUAAUGAUUUAUUGGACCUCCUUGGAGGGAGUGACGUAGUGCCUGUGAUCCAGACUGUUCCACCCCCAAAGCCUGCCUCAGCUGGUGGUGAAUUACUGGAUCUUUUGGGUGAUCUCUCUCUAUCAGGUGGUCCAGCCCCUGCACCUGUCCCUCCCAUCUCCAUGUCCCAGCCUCCCUUCUUACUGGAUGGGCUAUCAUCACAACCACUUUUUAAUGACAUUGCUGCAGGUAUUCCUCCCAUGACAGCAUACAAUAAAAAUGGGCUGAAGAUAGAAUUCACAUUUGAAAGGUCCAACACAAAUCCAAAUAUAGCAGUUAUUACUAUACACGCCUCCAACUCCACUGAGGCAGACAUGACAGAUUUUGUAUUUCAGGCUGCAGUACCAAAGACGUUCCAGCUGCAGCUCCUCUCUCCUAGCAGUAAUAUAGUCCCUCCACUGAACACAGGAACAGUCACACAGGUCAUCAAAGUACUCAAUCCACAGAAGCAACAACUGCGAAUGAGGAUCAAGCUGACUUACACCCAUAAAGGGUCUUCUGUCCAAGACCUGGCAGAGGUCAACAACUUCCCCCCCCAGACUUGGCAGUGAUGACACGCCUCUCUGCUCUUUAGGCCCUUCCAGGGGAAUUCUGGGAAGCUUCCCCAACUGAUCCCUCGUAACAUCACUGCAGACUGCUACCCUGGGGUUGCGCAGGGAACCAAUGGAAUCUUUUGGACACAAAAUGCUGAUGAUGAUAGCGACGAAAAUGUCUGAAAACAUAUCCAUUACUAACUUUUAAAUUGGUUUCACCUCAGUCUCUGACGAUGUCUGCUUGCAAUAGCCACUACUUCCAUUGCCUUUCUGUUCACACGCACACAAAACUCUUCUUCUGGUACUUCCCCUUGGGUUUCAGCUCUGCCUCCUUUUUGCCCUUUUGGAAAAUUCACUCCUCUUAAAGGUGCACCAUAGGUGGAAGGUGUUUUUCAAUGUGAGCAGUUGUCCAGGUUAAUUUUUAUGUUUUUAUCUGAAUCUGUAAUUGUAAGCUGUUGGGGAUAUUUUGAAACAUUCAUUUGUUUUGCAUUUUUUACAGCUCUACAUGAAAUGCAACUUAAAGUAUAAGAAGUUUGCACUUUAAUCAGCUCUGUUAUCUGUGCACCAUACAGAAUUAAGAAAGUACAAUGUAUGAUUGGGCUCCAAAAAAUAAAUAUAUGGAGUGUAGUGAUAUUUCAUCAUUUUCCAGUUUGGUGUCUAAACAAAUUAACUUAUUUUCUAUAAUAAAGGUUACCAGCUAUAUGGUCCCAAUACUUGGUGUUUCAUAUUAAGUCUGAUUGCUCUAGAAUCCAACAACUAAAUUGUUCUUCUGUUAAUUUUGCUGACUGACUGUGAAGCUUGUCUUGAGGUUGCCAGUCUAAAGUAUUUUCAGGAUGAAGAUUUUUUAGGGAUGUCUUUGAGGUUCAAGAGCUGUUUGUUGGAAGAGUAUCAUCAUUUGAGCUAUUGUGGUAUUUAAAUCUUAAGGAAGGAGGAAUGUGAAUGUUACAUCAGUUUUUGUUGGGUAAAACAGGGUGGGAAAGCCUGUAGGAUAACCAGAAGCAGAUUUAAGAGGGAGCCAAAAAAAUGAAAUAUGAGAGAAGCAGUUAUCAAAUUGUAACAUUUUUUUGUUCUUUCCGUCAUGCAUUGCAAGAAGCAAACCUAAUGUUUUUGUGACACGAUUGUGUGUAAUGCAGUGGGUUAUCAUGAUUAAGGUAUUGCAAUCACUUUAUCCAAUCAGUCAGAUCAUUUUUUAAAUACUCAUAAUUCACAAGAAUGAUACAUUGGUAAGAUAUAUUUUAAAAAGCCACAUCCCCAUUAACGCAAUUUUCCACCUUAUAAACCCUAUUUAACAUCACAUUUUGCUUCCCUUUGGUUUUCUAUGACUAAUAAUGAAAAAUAUUUUUUUUUCCAAAGUUAAUUUUUUCUUUGAAGGAUAAGACUUUCUCAGAUUACACAUGAAAAGCUUGACUGCUUUGCCCAGUGAUUUGCCACGUUAUGUAUUUUUAGUUGAUAGAGGGGAGGAGCAAGGCAGUAAAGUUAUUGCUAAGGUUUGAGCGGUUUAAAGGUGCUUUUACUGUUCAUUGCAGUGAUCUUAAAGGCUUUUUUAUGUUCAAUUGUUUUUCUUUGCAGAAUGUACAUUGGGCCUCAUAAUGAAUCUUUAUCUUCCAUUCUAUUCUAAAACAGAAUGGAAGAUCAAGAUUCUCCUGACUCAUGUUAAUAAGUAUGUUCACAAAUACACCAGUAUGCAGUUUAACAGCAACGACUAAGGUUUGUUUUUGUCUUCAUCCAGAAAGUCUUAAUUUUUUCUGUAUUCGCAUAGCCAUUGACUUAAUGUUUGUACAUAUAGAUGGGAAAUAAUUUUGAAUGUAAUGCUAUGCACGUAGUACUGUUUCUUCUGUUUUUAUGUGUUUACUUUUUGUCAUUGUGGCUUGUGAUUUUAAAAUUUUCUAAAAGGAAGCCUUUUGUUUCAGCACUUUUUCAUGUACCCUUCCAAUAGCAUAGUUGUUUGAGAACUUUUGUUUCGUCUUGUCAAACGUCACUGAGGACAAGACAUGUCCUGCAAAUAAUGCCUGAUAUCAAAGCAAUGUGCCUUUUUAUAUCAAAGAUUUGACCAAUCUUUCCCUGCUUUCCGUAAAUCUAGAUAUGUAAUACCUUGGUUAUAUGUACAUGUCUAAAAUUUCUGCCUUUGAGGGACUGAAAAGAUAACUUAAGUAAUUGCUGUUGAGUACAGAUUUUGAGGUAACUCCUAUCAGUUUAGUUAGCUUAGGAACAAUGCUGGGAAGUUGAAGGAUUUAUCAACUCACAGUAGGAGAUAAAUUCAAUAUUUACCGGUUAAAAGUGAUUUUUUUAAAAAAGCUGACUUUUAUGACUGAAAGUGAAACCUGAUUUUAAAUGGUGGAUAUGUUGUCCCUUUUUGGUACAUUAGGUUCCAAGGUACAUGUAGUGCUCCAAAUUGCAAUGUGUUUUCUUAGCUCUUGCAAACAAACAUCAUCAACUAAAUACCUCACAUGUUUUUUUGGGGCUUCUGUUUAAGAAUUGUAAGGCAUACCUUGAUUAUGACGAGCAUAACAGGACCAUGAAACAACUUUUGGGAUGUCGGGGGGCAUUCAUUUACAUAAGUUGAAUACUAUUGAUUGUGCUACUGAGUUUUUCUGUUACACUGUUUGUGAAGCUACCAGCAUUGAUUUAUUGUGUAGAAAUAUUUUGCUUUUGCAUUAUUGUUCUAUAUUAACUGCUAACUUUUCGUGACCAAAUCAAAUAAGAUCUAGCUUUUGAAAAUAAAAUCUUCUGUAGCAAUGCCAUGUGUAUAUGGAACAAGAGAUGUAUGACGUGCUUUUAGGGAUUAUUUUUAGACUGAACAACUUAAUGCAAUCAAGGCUUUUCUGUAUAUAUUGAUCACCUCAAUUGCCCACCACCCCUUUUCAGAUCAGUUUUCUAAAGAUCAGUUUUAUUCUGUCAACAUACACGUGUAGUGUAUUGUUUGAAAUGGACUAAAAUAAAUCUAGUUAUUUACGUAAUAGUCAAAUUGUUUGGCUUUCCCUGUUUUCAUGUACAUUACAAAACAAUAUAGCAUCUGCUGCCUGUAUAUUGUAUAUAAUUGUAAAAAUGCUAAAAUAUCCAAUUCAAGACCCACUUAUGAAUAGCUAGGAAGAAAUUAAUUAUAUACAGAUAUUUAAUAAACCUUAGAAGGAUAGUUACUAAUUUACUCCUUUUCAUUGAAUUUUUGAAGACUUUGUUCAGUUUGGGGUUAUGUAAUGGAUAAACCUUAUUUUUCCUUUUUUAAGGACAGACUGAAAUCUUUCAACAAAUUAGUCAUUUUAGAUGUUUGUAAAUUUUUAUCUGGCUAAAAUUAAAACAGUUACUUAGCCAUUUCUUUUCAAAGAUAUGUAAUUUGAUAAAGAUGUUUCUGUUUGCUGCUGGAUGAGAUUUUGUGGGAUUUUUGAGGUAAAAGUCCAAAAAAUAUACUACUGAGUAACACUGUACAAUAACACCAGAAACAACAAUGUAUUUGUUUUGAUGAACUUCUUAAUCUGUUUAUAUCCUCUUCAAUGGGAGUGGGCCCCUUGCCAAAAUGCAAUAAGCUUUCUUCUGGAUUGAGCUAUAUCUUAUUGCUUCUUCACUUGAUACAAUCAAACCCAGUGGCUGGUUUAAAGACAGCCUAAAUGUGGCCUUCCAUUGCUUCAUGUAGAUGAUGUACAUCAAGCCUAACUAGAUGUUCUGUCUUGCACUGCUAUGAUACGUAUGUAGCUGGGAUGGUCUUCUAUUCCCUCUCACCUUGUUCUUUUUUUGCCAUUGCAUCUGAUUCUGUUAUGAUUGUACGUGAAAGAGAAAUGGUCACAUUUACAGAAAAGAAAAGUCUGAAGGCUGCCCACUUCCCUUACCUGCUUGAGUCAACAGAUAAUACAAGAGGUAUGGUGGAAAGUAGUUUUUUUACAUUUACUGUAGUUGGAAAUUAAGUCAGAUCGGCUUUGGAUGGUCAGUUUUGACACACCUGUGCAUACAACUAAAGGCUUCAAGUUCAAAACUAGAGUGUUAAAAACAGACGUGUUUAUCAAAACUUAAGGAUUGAUGGACCUGAAUAGCAGGCUGCGGCUGUGGCAAGGGGCUUGCUACUCUUGUGCUUUCUGAUGCCAAUUGGGGUCUCUUUGCUCUAUGUCCUGGCAGUUUGUCAUUUGUAGUCUUUGUUAUUAUCUAGCAUUUCUUUUUUUAAUCACAUUCUGCUGUGCAGCCGUCCUUUAGAAAAACAGUAACUUUUCUUUCCAUUUUAUAACACAAAAGCUGUAGUAGAAUAUUCACAUUUUCUGUACUGGCAGCACUUGACCACAUGGGAGUGCUGUUAGACACUGGGGAGUUGCAGCAAAGAACAAAAUUGGACUGUUUCUCAUUGUGUCCAGUGUUUUUUAUUUUAUAUUCACCAGUGUAUUUUUAGUUUAAAGGGUGCAGUGUUACCCCAUCGUUUAAAUUCUUAAAUUCGCCUGUAAGAACAUUGUAUGCUUUUAAGUGUUGAAAGAACUGGCAGAUUAGGGCACUGCGGAAUUGAAACAAAUCCCUGGGAAGUGUAUGAACAGCAAAUGGACCUUUUUAAAUCCACUAAUAUAAAUUGUUGAUAUAUGUUUGCCUAUACAUGGUUGUCUUACUUCACUCCAUACAAGGUAAGACACAUCGGUCGCAGUGGUUGCAAUCUUCAGCUUCAGAGCUGCAUGUGCAAAACAGUGUAAAUACUCUCAUUUCUACUCUUGAUGUAUCUUUUUAAAAUGCAAAGAAAAUGUUCAACAUACCUCUUUGCUGAACAUGGAAAAUUAAAAAAAAGUUUAAAUAUCUGUCAUUUAAAAAAAAAGUCAUAGCUUUGGGGAUAAAAUGAAAGUGAGCAUUCACACCAUUCCAUUUGAUGUGAUUGUUUUUCACUAUUAUGUUGGUUGAUACACAUGUUGUGCUUGUGUGGGAAAGGAGGAGGGAGUCAGGAAUCCAGUUUCCUUCCCUUUUCUUCUCAUAGAAAUAAAGUCAUUUAGUUGGCGAGUCUUCGUAUGAAGUUCCCCUUUAUGAAUCUCUGGUAAAGUACCACAUAAAAUCUGAUUGGUAAGAAAGGAUUGUUGAGUUUGAGUCCAUUGUCCUGAAACCUGGAAGGGAAUGCAAGGCUGAAAUUAUAAGGCUGUAAACAAUUUCAUGGGACAUUUUAGAAUUCUGCUGUGUAUUACUGUCUUUGGGUUGGAAAAAUUAUGAUCAGUGACUAAUAAAAAUUCAAAAAACGUCCAUAGAAA